CAAGCAGCAUCUACAGUAGGCCUUGAAUUAAAACUGCUUAAAAAUGAUGACUACUGGAAGAAGAUCAAAAACUAUAGUUUGUUGUCGUCUGUUUUUUGCAAAGUUCGGGCUUUUACAAAUUGGUGGUUUUCUUUUUCCUGUUCAGCUCCCCAUGUAUAGUCGACCAAAAAUCAAAAGGUUUCCACAGCGUUCAAUGAUCAAGUCGCUGAUUAGCUUUGGUUUCUUUUAUUUUGCAGUUUUGACAGAAUAACAAAACGGCUUGGAAAGAUUCUCUCUGUCUUUUUUUAUGUGUACUGUCUACUUUUUGUCUAUUUUUUUGUCUGCUUUCUGUCUAUUUUCGUUUUCCUUUUUCUUUUGUAAUUACUAAUAUUCCCUUCUUAUUCGAUAAAAUCGAAAAAUGACUUAAGGCC